AUGUCGACCUAUUCCAUGGCAGCACCGCUUGCUAUUCAAAUUUCAUACAAUCAUCAAUGUAUGAUUUUUAGCGAUUUCAACAAUCAAAAAAUUGUAAUUUUGGAAUUGUCGUCCAAACAAUUGAAACGCGUUCUUCCGAAACAAUCUGGCUCAGUAUGUUUGGAGAGAAAUUAUAACAACAAGAAUCAAGAUGCCUUGUUCAUAGUUUCAAGUUUGUGUAUUGUGAAAUUUGAUUUGCAUCAAUUAUUAACGAACAAUUUUAAUGAGCAGAUGGCAUUAUGGACAUCAGAGAAAUUGAAAAAUCCCAGCAGCAUGGUGGUUCAUGAGAGCCGUCAACUAUUUGUAACAGAUACCACGGAUGUGAAAGUGUUUAACACAAGAAAUGGUCAACUAUUACAAGUAAUUCAAAUGCCUGUAAAUGUAAAACGAGUUACAGGCAUUGAUUUUUUUGACCAUGAUACGAUGAUUGUGGGAGAAGGCAAUCCUUAUAAUCGCUUAAUAGUCUUUAAAAACGUUCAAAAUGACAAUGCGGAAAAUUCUGAAAGAAAAUUUGUUUGGCAAUUCGAGAAACAGUUAGUCGAGAGUACUGCAUCCAAAAAUUCUUCAUGGUCUUAUUCAAUGUACCUUACCGUCGAUAAAGCGUCCUUGAAUAUUAUUGCAUGCGACUGCUAUGACCAUUCCAUCAAGAUCUACACACAACAUGGAGAUCUGUUAAAAUCAAUAGGAACAUCGGGAAGUAACCUGCAACAGUUUAGGUAUCCUCAAGGUCUUUGUCUUGAUGAGCUCACUGGAGAAUUAUAUGUGAGUGAUACUGAUAACUCUAGAAUUCAAAUAUUCAAAUAG